GCUCCUGGCCGGUGAUGACACAGCCGUGCUGCCUGUGGCACAGUGACCACGCACGCUCUCAGGUCCUUCUCCCUGCUGCGGCGUUGGGAGGGGGCUGGCUGACCAGGACCGCGCUUUCUGAUGGAUGGGAAAAUCCCGUCCUGCCCAACCCCGGAGCAGAGGAAGGAAAAAUACCAAAACUAAUUGUCAAAUGCCAAAGAAUUUAAUGAGGAACAGUUUAGGCAACGCUGAAAACUGCUUCAGAUGUAUAUCCAAGAUCCACAGCUAUGUGGGCAGAAAGGCCAUGUCUGAAGGAGGAACAUGUCUUUUCAGACCCAGGAACUCAAAGGGCAGGAGGUAAUGGGCAGCUGCUUAUGCAUGUGUGAGGUGCCCCAGCCAAACCACUGCACCCCAAAUUUGCCUUUACAUUGGGAUCUUACACCUUUCAAGGUACAACACUAUUUGACUGGUCACUGUACCAUGGGAAGACUUGACAAAGCAAGUAUUAUUUCUGCAGCAUCCCUUCUGCUUAUUGAUCCAAGCAUCCCUGGAGUUUGUCUUGCUGCAGUUUGCACACGAUGCUGGGAGUGUUUCCAUGGUGUAUCAGAGGCACCUGAACACUGGUGUUCUCUUUGGGGUGCCCUUCAUCCCUCACAGACCGCUCUAAGCUUCUGCUGUCCCUUUGUUUUACUCAAGUACAAACAAGAUGGAAGUUUCUAAUAAAAUUUCUUCUCCUCUUUACUUAGAUUCCAGCGUACAAUUUUAACUAAUACACAUUAACAAAACCAAAACACUUAAAUACUUUAAGGACUGCUGUCACAGCGAGGGAAGGAGACUCCCGUAACACCACCAAGCACCCUCAGACAAGACCAGACGUAUUCAGAGGACCUGACUUUCACGGCCAGGCCUGAAGAUCCGUCCCUGGAGAGACACUUCAAAGGCCACAGAGAUGCUGUCACUAGUGUGGACUUCAGUCUCAAUAAGAAACAAUUGGCAAGUGGCUCGAUGGAUUCGUGUCUGAUGAUCUGGAGCAUGAAACCUCAGAUGAGAGCCUAUCGCUUUGUGGGCCACAAAGAUGCAGUGAUGUGUGUUCAGUUUUCACCUUCUGGUCACCUUGUAGCUUCAGGCUCUAGAGACAAAACAGUCCGUUUAUGGGUUCCCAGUGUCAAAGGAGAAUCUACUGUGUUCAAGGCUCAUACAGCAACUGUAAGAAGUGUUAAUUUCUCCAGUGAUGGCCAGUCCUUAGUUACAGCUUCCGAUGACAAAACAGUCAAAGUGUGGACAGUUCACAGGCAGAAGUUUCUAUUCUCACUCAGUCAACACAUAAACUGGGUUCGGUGUGCCAGAUUCUCUCCUGAUGGACGGUUGAUAGUGUCAGCCAGCGAUGAUAAAACUAUCAAACUGUGGGAUAAAACCAGCAGAGAAUGUAUACACUCCUUCUGUGAGCAUGGGGGGUUUGUGAAUCAUGUGGAUUUUCAUCCCAGUGGUACCUGCAUUGCUGCGGCUGGUACAGACAACACAGUGAAGGUGUGGGAUGUUAGGAUGUACAGACUUCUUCAACAUUAUCAAGUGCACAGUGCUGUGGUAAACAGUCUUUCCUUUCACCCCUCUGGAAACUAUCUGGUUACUGCUUCCAAUGAUUCAACUCUUAAAAUUCUGGACUUGCUAGAAGGAAGACUUCUGUAUACUCUUCAUGGUCACCAGGGGCCAGCUACCUGUGUUGCAUUUUCAAGAACUGGAGACUUAUUUGCCUCUGGAGGUUCUGAUGAACAGGUGAUGGUCUGGAAGACUAACUUUGAUGUGGCAGAUUAUGGUGAUGUACUGAAAACCCAGAAGUCUGGCACGAGUUCCAUCAUCCCAGAAGGUGGAACCCAUCAAACUCUGCGAUCAGAAAUGGACUGUGCUGUUCAUCCUAAGAAAACAAAACCUCAGGAUUCUGGUGGGAACCAUGAGCAACAGGAGGAGGAGACCAGUCUUGAGAAUACUUUGGAGCAUAUUAUGCGACAGCUGGACAUUCUGACUCAGACUGUUUCCAUCCUGGAGCAGAGGCUGACACUCGCUGAGGACAAGCUGAAGGAAUGUCUUGAGAAUCAGCAGAACAUCAUGAAUGUUCUGAAGAACAAAGUGAGCUGAUUUCCUGAGAGAAGACAGGAGCUGAAGGCAUUGGGAGGUUUGAGGUUGCUUGUUUCCUGACAGACUGUGUGUGACUUGCUUUAAUGACUUGGAGUGCUAUCUAUUUUCCAAUUGGAAUAUACAGUGAUUGUAAAUAAGCUUUGUUACUUUACUGAAAUAAAAGUAGUAUUUUAUUCAUAAAAGUGGA